AUGUUAAUACCUGAGUGUCGAUUACGAGCCGAGAAACGUCCCUUAUCUUUUGGAGACUGCAGUGCCAUUUGUGGCGGCAAUUGCUGUACGAACUCAACGGAAUCGGAGCUGAGGCAGAAGUCUACAGCCGAAUUUGAGCGAUUGUUGCAUCAUCACACCAAAAGUCUACGCGGCAUACUCGUCUCCACGGCGAAUUUAUUUCAAAGUCAUGUCCUUGAACUAGCGGAGCAGUCUGAGAAUAAAACCUUGGCGGUAUUUUCCCAAGUAUACCGACGCAUGGUGCCUCAGUCCAGCGAAUUGAUACGUCAGCUCUAUUCGGAGAUCAUGAACCACUUGAGGAAUGCGAAUAGUAAUGGUAUCAACACCGGCAGCAGCAGCACCAGCACCAGCAGCAGCGGCAGCGGCAACAACCUGAGCAAUCUAGAAGAUGCCAUACAGAAAUUCUUUGUGAAUCUCUUUCCGGUCGCCUAUCAUCAGGCGGUGCACUUGAGCAAGGAUAAUUAUGGCGAAUUACAUGAGGAUUAUAUCAAUUGCUUGAAGCACACAUUCGACGAUCUGCAACCAUUCGGCAGCAUACCCAAGGAGAUCAAACGCAAUUUGCUUCAAAGCGUACAAACGGCGAGCAUCUUCUUGAACUCACUGCAACAGAGCGCUGAAGUGCUUAGCGAGACUGAUGAAUUGUAUGCCAUGUAUCUGACCGACAACUGUCAGAAGCAUUUGCUCAAGAUGAGCUACUGUCCGAGCUGUAAUGGAUAUCAGAAGACACAAGUGAAAGCGUGCUACAGCUACUGCAUGAAUGUGCUGCGUGGCUGCUCGGCUCAAUACGCUGGCGUAUUGGAUAGCCCUUGGUCGAAUGUGGUGGAUGCUAUACAAAAUUUAGUGACGACUCACAUACGAUCGGAUAGUGGCAUUGUAACAACAAUCAAGCAGCUGGAUAUAAAAUUGUCCGAAACCAUUAUGCGGGCUAUGGAGAAUGGACCUAACCUAGAAAUGAAGGUCAAGAAAACAUGUGGCACGCCAAAACUUUUGCCCUCACUAACAGCGGACAAUGAUCUACGCCCUCUGCAGCCGCACAACAUUAAAUGGGCAACCCCACCGGAUGCGGAAAUUCUGCACUUCCAAUCAACCAUAGACAAAUCCAAGGAAUUCUACUCGAACAUCGUCAACAAUGUGUGCGAAGACGAUGACAUCCAACGAAAUGAUCACAACUGUUGGACAGGCGAUCGUGUUGGCGACUACACCCAACUAGUGAUGACCCAAGGUGUAGACACACAACGGUACAAUCCCGAGGUGCCGCUGGUGCCAAGCUCGCAAUCGACGAAAUUGAAUGAACUGGUGGACAAGUUGAUCAAGGUGCGCAAGAACAUCGGAACGGCGAUACCAUCCACCACGCGUUCAUACUCUGACAUACAGAGCGAUAUGGCGCGCCACGAUGAGGAGGGCUCCGGCGGCCACAUGCCCGACGACAUGGAUGACGAGGAAUACGGCAACCAGAAUGGCUCAGGCGAUGGAUCUGGCGAUGGUGCCACCUCAUCGCCAUUCGAUCCGUUGGGUCCAACCGAGAUCACCAACAAUGAAAUCGAGCCACGUCAAGAAUCCGCGGCGACGCCGCUCACCGCCGCGUGUCCCAGCCGCCUGAGCUCGCUGCUGGCCGGCGCCGCAGUACUAGUCACAUUCACAGCCCUUUUGCGAAGCAGAAGCUAAACGCCAACAAUGCAACGCAACGCAACGCAACGCACACAGCGCAGCUCGCCAGCAAUAAAUGUGGAUGAUGGGGAAUGCAAACAAACUAAAUUUGUUUCACUUUAGGAAUACUAUGUAUAAUUAAUUUAUACAUAUAUGUAUAUGUAUGUAUGAACGACGACGCCGGACAAAGGAAACACACAAAAAACUAAAUAAACAAUUUAAUUAACAAUUUAGUUUAGGUAUACGCGCUAUAUGUAUGUAUACAUACUUGCAUGUAAAUAUGUAUGUUGAUAUGCAAGCAAGUACAUAAAAAUUGAAUGUGGAGAGUGCAACUCUGUUUAACAAUAUUGUAUACUAGUAUAGGUACUAGUACAGAUUUAUUGCGAACAUACGCUACGUAGGAUAUACAAACUUACAUAUAAAUACAAACUUACAUAUAAAUAUAUACAGACAUUUAUAUAAAACAAUAAAUAUGUUAUAUGUAUGUUUAUGUAUAGAGCUAAUAGAGAAAGAGAGAGAGAGAGAGAGAUAUGGAGAAUGCAAGGCAUUGCAUGCAUUAAAUCGGUUGAGAACUGAUUUACCACACAGAAACAAAGUGUGGGAGGCAUAAUUUUAGGCGCACAAGCACGCACUCGCUAAUAAACUCAAGCCCAGGAAUGAAUUGUUUUAUAUGUGAAAAAAACUGAAGUUAUUGGUAUGCAUAGCCAGAGUAGCUACUAAAAACCCCUUAAAGAGGCCAAAACAAGUGAAAAUACACAGGAAGUGAGCGCUGUUUUUGAAAAAGAAAUAAAUUAAUUUGAAUAGAUAAUGUAAUUGAUUAUGAAUUUUGUAGCUACCUUAGUAAAUAUAGCCGCAAUAAGUAGUUUGAACAAAUUUAAAUUUGCAAAAUAUUUCAAAGGGGCAAUGUUAAUGUUUUCUUGUAUAAAAUAGUUUCCCAAGAAUUUGUCAUGAAAGAGAAAAAAGUUAGAUCCUCUGCUAAUAUUCAUAUACAUACGUAUGUGUGUGGCUAAUGUAAUACGUAUACGUGAACGUUCAUGCAAAUUAUGUGAGCAAAAUUACAAAGUUGUACUUCUUCGACUUAAAAAAAAAAAACCGAUUCGACAUGAAUUAUGUGAAAUACAUCA